UUUACGAAGUCAUGCUGAUUCGAAGCCAAGCUUUACGGUGGGCAGUUUUCUUGACACUUUGUCUUCUGUUGGUGAAGGGGUUCCCUGCAAAAAGACGCAGAGCAAAUCACAUCAAGAGCAAGAGUGGUACAUCUCUAGAGGUCAGAGGUCACAGUGGCUCCAAAGAUGUCAGACAGUCGCUGCAGGACAUUCAGCGGCAGAACCAACUGAGGAGCGCGCCGCCUUCCCCUCGCCGUCAUAAGAGGAGAUGGUCGCAGAUUCGCUCAGAGGGAGUCCUUCCCAAACCUGCUCCACAGGAAGAAGAUGAACCCUUCAUUUUAGACCUGAAGAACUUUCCCGACCUUGCCAACGCAGACCUGGGCUCCCAAAACCCCAACAUUCAAGUAACCAUUGAGGUUGUGGACAACCCACAGAUGGAGAUUGAGAUGGAUCUGGCCAAGGAGAGCAGGAAUGACUGGUCUUUGAGCUCGGAAGAGUGGCUGGGCCAUAAAAAGCUCUUCUGGCCACUGUUCUGGGAAUACCAUGACUCCAGUCAAGAAGGUCCCGGGCAAGGAAGUCUGGAGGAAAACGAGGAGGACCUCAGCUACGAGGGAGAAGAUUCCCUUUUGAGUGGUGUGGGUUCAGACUGGAACAGACGAUGGAAGGGCUGGGACUCCAUGGACAAUUACGAAUAUGAGGAGGAAGAAUGGAGCGAUUGGUCACCAUGCAGUGUCACCUGUGGACAAGGGAAUCAGAAGAGGAUUCGUUCAUGUGGCUACGCCUGCACCGCCACAGAGUCACGGACAUGUGACUUAGAGCGUUGUCCUGAUGACAUAAUUCCUGUGACAGAACCGACUCACGAAGUGGCAAAUAGCACAGAGCUUUUUGACACAGAUGUUGACAGCUGUGAGAAGUGGCUGAAUUGCAAGAACGAUUUCCUCCAGAAAUACCUACACCAGGUCCUGACCGAAUUACCCAACUGCCCUUGCAUCUACCCAUCCGAGGUGGUCUACAACGCUGUCAACAUUUUCGAUAGAAAGUUGCAAAAGACCUAUCGCUGGCGGGAUGCCAGCGGCCCCAAAGAGAGGCUGGACAUCUACAAGCCCUCUGCGAGGUUCUGCGUUCGCUCGAUGCUCUCCUUCGACAGCACCACAUUGGCUGCACAGCACUGCUGUUACGACGAUCACUUGAAGCUCAUCACUCGAGGCAAAGGAGCCGGAGCCCCUGACCUCAUCAGCACAGAGUUCUCCCCGGAACUUCAUUACAAAGUGGACGUGCUCCCGUGGAUCCUGUGUAAAGGAGACUGGAGCCGCUUUCAUUCGGUUCGGCCUCCCAAUAACGGUCUACAGUGUGUCGAGAACCCACAGGAAGACGUCUACAUGAAUGAACUAGAAGAGGCCAGGGAGUACUGAUCCAGGGAGUACUGGAUUUCAAAUCGAAUCAACCAGCGUUCGCUUGAUUCAAUGGUACAGUAUUGGCACCUCACCAGUCUUGAAGGCAAUAAAAAAGCCUCCUACAGUUUUACAUAUCUUGACUCUCCUUGGUCAAACUAUUUAGCUGAUAUUAAAUGGAACUGUAGAGAUUUGUCUGGUGACUAAAGCUUAGAUACUGCCACAAACUGUUGCGUACAGCUCCUCCGCAACAACACUGGUUUAACAUGUUGGUCCAAAGCCCAGAUUGGAAGACCAUGAUGCAAUUUUCUGUAUUCUUUCUUCUUUGAUGUUACAUACGUGCUCCAAACAAAGUUCAACGACAGUUCCUCAAUGGCAUUCUCUGGAACAAGUUCGCUGUAUUUUCAUUGGAUGCAUGUUUGUUUUCCUUCAGUUUCCUCAAAGACUCUGAUCAACCACUAAAGGAAUUCCAGUAAAGCUGCUAAAAUUGCGAGAUAUUCAAAAAUGCAACAAAAUGCCGAUUUUGUUGUCUUUAGACCUGAAGUUCACUCCUGGUUUCGCUCCAAUCCGUGCGAGAUCAGUCCAAACAAAUCAAACACAAGCCACACCAUUCGCAAACCAAUUCAACACAUUUCUGAGAAUAGUUCUUCUCUUUAGAGCUUGUAUAUUGUUACUCCAAAUAUACACAGACUUUGUGUCAUUGGGCAGAUAUUUAUGCAGGAUCAUUUGACCGCCGACCUAUCUUUUCGCACUGAACUGUCGCAGAACGAAAUUAGGGAAUCUGAGAAACGCUAGGAAACCUUUUUUUGAACUUACCUUUGAGAAGACAUCUCUCAGCAAUGGGGGGCUUGUUUUUUAAAUCUGAAGUAUAAUUGGAUCCCAUUCUGUUUUCUUUUUUGCCUUUCAACACAACCCAGCUUUGUAUUGAAUGCAAUAUGAGACAGCAGCCUGACACCGGUGCAGGGGGCUGUCGGAGCUCAGUUGAUGGAUUGAAGUCUUCCUCUAAAGGUGAGGUGGAGGUGACACUUGUUGUAAACGAACAUCUCUUUAAAUACAAUGGCUCUUUCAGUGUCUGUUCAUCCUUGAGUCCCAAUCAAAGCCUGGAGGCUUACAUGGGAUGUAGUUUGAAGGACCUAAGCCGCCCUUUUCAGCAAGUGUUAUCAUGAUCUCUUUGUGAGAUGUUGACAUGGAAUGCUGGUGAUUUGAUUCCUAAAUUCCCGCUGACAGAUGACUGUUCCGUGUAGCAAUAAACACUUCCACCUUUGAUGUCUUACUGUGUGAUUUUACGCACAGUAUAGUCCUAUCAAAUCUGCUUUAUACUUUUUACUAGAAAAAUGAACAAGAAUACAGUAUUUGCAUGGAUUACUGAUUGAGUGGUGUUGAACCUAACUAAAGUGCAUUGUUCAAAUCCCAGGAUAGAUACUGCAAGGUAAAGACUUAUACAAGUCUCCAAUGCUGUUGUCAUUCUGAGCAAGGGUUUACAUUGUGGACUGGAUCAGGCAAUAUUUUUGUGUUUUAAAACUCCAACUAUCAGUGCACUCGUACUUGCUCAAGGUUCAUACUUGGUUCAUCUCGAGAUCUACAUUCCUGUAAAGUUUAGUUAUAACUCUAUAAACUGAAAAAGAUUAUCUUCUGAAAAAGAUAAUCAAGGAAUUUGCAUUCGCUUGAAAAAUACAGAUAGGUUGCAACUAACACUAAACUUUGCAGGAAAAGACCUCCAAGUGUAGGACUGAGCCAAGCGCACAUUAGCAUCGCUUAUGAUCCCUGUCAGACCUGAGCAAAACCAUAAAGAUAUUUUCAUUGAGAUAACCAUAAAUGGCAGCCAUGAAAACACCAUUCAGUCCAGCUGUGAGAACGUUGGAAGCAUUUAAAUAUCCUGCUCUUAGUGAUGGUAUACUUACCUUAAAUAUUACAGACAUGGAUUUUAUGAUAUUUGUGGUAUGUGCAUGGGUUGCCCAACCUAGCCUCGAUGGAAAUACGUGCAUCUACCUACAGUUUAGCCAAACUUAAAAAAUGUAGCAAUGCAAACAAUUCACUGCAGUUUCCAGCUAAAAUGAAUCCUAGGCAGUAAAACACCAACAACCUUCAUUUUUUUUAUGAUUACGGGGCAAAUUAUUGCUUAAUAAUGACUUAUUUUAGUUUGAUUCAUUGCCCUUCCUUUGACAUUUGCAUCACAUAAUCAGCUCCAUUUAAAGAGAUCCAAGACUUGUAGAAGCAAGCUAAAAUGGCAUGGUUGCUUUAGAAAAUGGGUUUUUAUCUCACGCUUCCAACACAAUUGGUUAGGUUUAGUGUAGGUGGUAUGUUGUUUUCAACAGCGAUGGAGCAUUAACCUUUAUCGGCACUCACUGAACAUUUCAUUUCUUGACUGCCCUGACAUGUAAAACAAACAGCAUAAUAAUUCAUUGCCAGAUUUAUGUUCAUCUGUUUAGAAAGUGUCAUGAAAUGUGCAAGAAUCAACACAACACGUAUUUCACAUAUUGCCACAGACACAUUUUUCCAAUGAGCCUUGGUUGGUUUUGUCACAAGUACAUCACAACGUGAUGUAUUGUAUUGGCUUUGUGUCACAAUAUUUUUCAGUGAAUAAACUGAUGAAUGAGGGUAUUUGGUUGAUUAGAAGGGGAAACUUUGUACCUUUUUCUAAUUUGCAAUACUGUCUAUUGAAGUUUACGUACAGUACAUUAUUUUCUAAGUACAUUUGAUAGUAAGAGUUCACCUUUCAGAGCUUCAAAAAGAAAGGCACUUUAUUUAAAUAUUGAUAAUGGAAUAUAUGUACUAUAUGUGUAUAUAAACGUAUAUUGAAUUAUACUUGUACAAUUUACUGAUUUAAAAAAAUUAUGUUAUUGUAAAAGGAUGAAUAACAUAAAUGCUGCAUUUUUUAAUGAUAUUGUAUUUAAUGUAAAAUUUUGGCAUGUCAUUUUUAACUUCAGAUUUAUCAUUGUACAGUAUUUAUUGCUUUUGAUUUUGUAACUCAUUGCUAUGAAGUGGAUAAUCAAAUGAUUCUAUGCACUAUAUGAAUCCAAGCUAUGUGUCUUAUAGGGGAUUUCUGGUCUGUGAAAAGGAAAGUGCCAUACCACACACCGUUCUACUUCAAUAAUGCUUCUAAAGUCAUCUUUCUUUGUAUUAAACACUCUUUGACCAGAUAUAAUAAAUGUAACUUUGAUAUUGUCA